AUGGUUACCGAGUACAGCAUGUACACAGAGAUCUUGAAUCUACUAGACCAGUUUGAGAAGGACAUUUACUCUGACUGGUGCUGUGGCUUAGAACAGACGUGCCUGAUUAACCUGAACCAGCCACUUAUCUCCAGAAAUACCUCUUCUGGCCUGAUUUCGGUCAACUUUAAUCCAAAGCUGACUGAGGCCUUAAAGGAUGUGAAGUAUUUUCAGACUGUGAGUGAGAUCACCAUACCUCCAGAUGCACUGGCUCUUUUUGAGAAGCGUGAAAUGUUCACAAAGUAUGUGAAUGGUUUGCAGCUGUUAGUACAGUGGUACAACGAGCUUAAGCAGACAGUGUUAGAGGUGGAACUUCCUCUCAUCAGAGCUGAGCUGGAGUCAGUAGACCUGCAGCUGUCGAGAGCAGAGACCAGCUUGACGUGGCAGGACGAGGACUGCUGGAGCUUCAUCAACAACACCAAACACCUUGUACAAGACCUUGUCUGUCGAGUUAAUAGAGUGAGGGAAAACUGUGAUGCCAUUCAGUGUGUGAUGAAGAGAUGGAGCAAACAGGCCAUGUUUUGCAGAAAGGACAACAAAAAAGGUUCACUCAUACAACUGGACGAGAGAGGAGACUCUUUCAGGAAGAAGUACAGCUCCAUGAAGAAUGAUGGAGACUAUAUACAUGGGCUGGUGCAGGAGAACAUGGUUCUUUUCCAUGCUGAUCCGGAUUCAGAAGAGUGGCAAUGCUACCUGGAAUAUUUGGAUGACAUGGUUGUUGAAGGGCUCUUCAGCUACAUCAGUCGCUCUCUUCAUUUCCUCGUGGAAAACAUGGAGGCAGGCCUGAACCAGACUCCACUGUUUGAGGCGAAGCUAAUCCUCAAUGGCUCAAAGAUGACUUUCUGUCCCUCAAUGGAGAAAGAUGCAGGAGAUAGCCUCUAUGAACUGAUAGAGGGGCUGGUUGCAGAUGUAUUCAAGACUUCAGUGAAUAUCAGGAGAGUGGCUGCUCAUCUUAGCAUGGAGACCUAUCAGGAUGUAAUGGAUGGCAUGCUAGACUUGCUGGACCUGAGACAGGAAAUAAUGGAGCGAGUGGAGAACGUCCAGAAGAAAGCAAUAAAUUACCAGACAAAGUUUGAUUGUUAUACUCAUCUGUGGCAAGAUGACAGGGCAGAGUUUCUCAGGCAGUUUCUCCUGUAUGGACGUGCACUCACAUCAGAGGAGAUGGAAGCCUGUACAGGAGAUGCACUCCCUGACAAUCCUCCUACAAUCAAUAACUUCAAAGAACAAAUCGAUUAUUAUGAGGAUCUGCAUGAUGAAAUUUCCCACUUUGAAGACUUCAGAGUUUUUGAUGGUUGGUUUCGGGUGGACAUCAAGCACUUUAAAGUCAGCCUUCUUAACACACUAAAAAGGUGGAGCUGGCUCUUCAAAGAGCAUCUCUUGACCAAUGUCACCCACAGUCUUGAUGAGCUGCAGAAGUUUAUCCAAGCUACUGUUGAAGGGCUAAGACAACCUAUAGCUAAAGAUGACAACCAUGGCUUUGUGGAAGUGAUGAGUCACCUGUUAGCUGUAAAGGACAGACAGAAUGCCACAGACAACAUGUUUGAGCCUCUUAGAGAAACAGUGAUCCUCCUGGAACAAUAUGGUGUGACCAUACCAGACCAUAUCUACUGGCAAAUGGAGGAACUUCCAGAGAAAUGGAGUGGGGCUAAAAAACUGGCCCUAAGAGUAAGGCACGAGGUGGCACCCAUGAAGAAUACAGAAGUGAUGGUUUUACGAAGACAGUGCAUGGAUUUUGAGGUGAAACAAACCCAGUUCAGAGACAUGUUCAGAGCAAUGGCACCCUUCAGUUACAAGGCAGUAAAUCCUUACAGUAGUCUUGAGAAAUCAGAAAAAGCAAUCCGGGAUAUGGAGAGAGAAGUAGCAGAGCUGCAAGAGUCUGCCAGUCUACUUGAUGUUUCCAUUUCUGACUACAGAGACAUCAAGCUCUGCAGGCGAGAGAUUACGAUUCUCAAAGAACUGUGGGACAUUGUUGUAUAUGUGCAAAGCAGUGUGGAAAACUGGACAAUGACCAAAUGGAGGCAGAUAAACGUGGACCAGAUGGAUGCAGAAUUGAGGAGGCUUGCCAAGGACAUACAAAAGCUUGACAAAGAAGCUCGCUUGUGGGAUGUGUAUUCUGGAUUAGACCUUUAUGUAAAGAACUUGUUGACGUCACUGCAGGCUGUGAGUCAACUGCAGAACCCGGCAAUACGAGAGCGUCACUGGGUCCAGCUAAUUAGAACAACACAGAUGGAUUUCACUGUGACAGAUAGUACCACUUUGGAGGACCUGUUGGUUUUACAGCUCCAUUUGUUUGAAGAUGAAGUCCGCAACAUAGUGGAAAAGGCAGUCAAAGAGAUGGCAAUAGAGAAGGUUGUAACAGAAAUAAGUCAGACGUGGAUGUCAAUGGAGUUUUCAUAUGAAGAGCAUUACCAGACCUCUGUGCCACUGCUUAAAUGUGAUGAACAACUCAUUGAAACUCUUGAGGAUCAUCAGGUUCAGCUCCAGAGUGUCUUUCAGAAUAAGCACACAGAUCACUUCCUGCACCAGGUAGUGGAACUACAAAAACAGUUGACGGUGGCUGACUCUGUGUUCAUGGUCUGGAUGGAGGUCCAAAGGACAUGGGCCUACCUUGAAAGCAUUUUCAAAGGCUGUGAUGACAUUUGCCAGCAACUGCCUGCAGAUACACACAGAUUCAAAGCAAUAGAUGCAGAAUUUCAGGAGCUAAUGUUGGGCAGUGCCAUCAUUAAAAAUGUAAUUGAGGCCACUAACAAACCUCAUCUACUGGAGAAGUUAGAGGAUCUACAAAAAAGGCUGGCAUUAUGUGAAAAAGCUCUUACUGAAUACCUGGAAACAAAAAGACUCGCAUUUCCACGAUUCUACUUUAUUUCAUCCGCAGACUUGUUGGACAUCCUCUCUAAAGGAAGUCGUCCCAGAGAAGUGACCAUCCAUCUCUCAAAGAUUUUUGACAACUUGACCGAUCUUGAGUUCAGCAAAAACGAGCAGCUGAGUAAUCCUAAAGUUGCUGUGGGCAUGUAUAGCAAAGAGAGGGAAUUUGUGCCAUUCCAGACUGAAUGUUUGUGUUGCGGGCCGGUUGAGGCAUGGCUCAGUCGUCUCGAAGAGUCUAUGAAGGAAUGUGUCAAGGGUCACCUAUCCGAGGCUGUGUCCGUGUACGAGGACAGACCCAGAGAGCAGUGGAUUCUCGAUUUCCCUGCCCAAGUUGCUCUUGCUGGAUCACAGAUCUGGUGGACUAAUGAUAUGGAACUUGUGUUCAAAAGACUGGAAGAAGGAUUUGAGUCGGCGCUAAAAGACUACAAUAAAAAACAGGUUUCUCAACUCAACAUGCUGAUUGGCAUGCUACUUGGAGAGCUGAGCUCAGGAGACAGGCAAAAGAUCAUGACUGUAUGCACCAUUGAUGUCCAUGCCAGAGACAUUGUUGCCAGCCUCAUUGCUAAAAAGGUCACCACCUCACAGGCCUUCCCAUGGCUUUCCCAGCUUCGACAUUACUGGAGUGAGCAGCUUCGCCACUGCUACAUCAACAUCUGUGAUGCUCAGUUCAUUUACUCUUAUGAGUAUCUUGGAAAUACACCACGUCUGGUCAUCACUCCUCUGACAGACCGGUGUUACAUCACCUUGACUCAGUCACUCCACCUGAACAUGAGUGGGGCCCCGUCAGGCCCUGCUGGAACAGGGAAGACUGAGACCACAAAGGAUCUUGGCAGAGCCAUGGGUGUCAUGGUAUACGUCUUCAAUUGUUCUGAACAGAUGGACUACAAGUCCAUUGGAAAUAUUUACAAGGGUCUGGCACAGACUGGAGCAUGGGGCUGCUUUGAUGAAUUCAAUCGUAUCCCCGUGGAUGUUCUGUCGGUUGUAGCGGUGCAGGUUAAAACCAUUCAGGACGCCAUUCGAUCUAAAAAGGAAAGGUUCCUGUUCCUCGACAAGAACAUUGCUUUAAAACACUCGGUUGGGAUUUUCAUAACUAUGAAUCCUGGCUAUGCAGGGAGGACGGAGCUACCUGAGAACCUCAAGUCUCUUUUCAGGCCCUGUGCCAUGGUGGUGCCAGACACUGAAGUCAUUUGUGAGAUCAUGCUCGUGGCAGAAGGCUUCCGUGAUGCUAAGCUUUUAGCCAAGAAGUUCAUCACUCUGUACACUCUCUGCAAGGAACUGCUCUCCAAGCAGGACCACUAUGAUUGGGGUUUGCGUGCUGUCAAGUCUGUUCUGGUUCUGGCAGGGGCAUUGAGAAGAAGAGACAAAACAAGAGUAGAGGAUCAGGUGUUGAUGCGUGCACUGCGGGACUUCAACAUGUCUAAAAUUGUGACAGAGGAUGUGCCUGUCUUCAUGGGACUGCUGGGAGACCUGUUCCCAGACAUGGAAGUAGAACGAGAAAGAGACCUAGAAUUUGAAAAGGCCAUUCGAAAGACUACACUUAAUCUUCGGCUGCAGCCAGAGGAGACAUUUAUCCUCAAGGUGGUGCAGCUGGAGGAGCUCAUGGCUGUACGUCACUCUGUCUUUGUUGUUGGAAAUGCAGGGACUGGAAAAAGUCAGAUAUUGAGAGUUCUCCAUAAAACUUAUGUAAACCUGAAAAGGAAGCCUGUAUGGAAUGACCUCAACCCAAAAGCAAUAGACAGAAAUGAGCUAUUUGGCUUCAUCCAUCCUGCAACUCGAGAAUGGAAAGAUGGUUUGCUUUCAUCACUGAUGCGAGAACAGGCAAACAUCUCCCACAGUGGACCUAAGUGGAUUGUGUUGGAUGGAGACAUUGAUCCGAUGUGGAUUGAAUCACUCAACACAGUGAUGGAUGAUAACAAGGUACUGACUCUAGCCAGUAAUGAACGUGUGGCGCUUACUUCAUCUAUGAGACUGAUUUUUGAAAUCAGUCACCUAAGAAUGGCGACUCCUGCCACUGUGUCCAGAGCAGGUAUCCUCUAUGUUAACCAGCAGGACCUGGGCUGGAACCCGUACGUUGCCAGCUGGAUUGACCAAAGAGAACGGCAGACUGAAAGAGCCCAUCUCACCAUACUGUUUGAGAAAUACGUUCCACGUUGUCUAGAACAGAUGAAAAACACUUUCAAGACAAUCACUUCCAUUCCAGAGAUCUCUAUGGUGCAGACACUCUGCACUUUGCUCGACUGCCUUCUGACACCAGAAAAUGUUCCUUCUGAAUCCCCUCGUGAAAUCUAUGAGACCUAUUUCACCUUUGCCUGCAUCUGGGCAUUCGGUGGGGCCUUGUAUCAAGAUCAGCUCUGUGAUUAUCGAGCGGAGUUCAGUCAGUGGUGGACCAAAGAGAUGAAGACUGUAAAACUGCCAGCACAGGGAACAGUGUUCGACUAUUACCUUGACCAUCAAACCAGGCGGUUUUUGCCCUGGAGUGACACCGUGCCACCCUUUGACAUGGACACUUGUACACCAUUACAGGCUGUUCUUGUACACACAGCAGAGACCGUGUGUCUUCGCUACUUCAUGGACUUGUUGCUGGAGAGGAGACAGCCAGUGAUGCUUGUGGGGAAUGCCGGAGUGGGAAAGACUGCACUCGUCAGGAACAAGUUAGACUGUCUGCCAGAAAGUUACAUGGCCACAAAAGUACCUUUGAACUACUACACCUCCUCCCUCAUGUUGCAGGCAAUCUUAGAGCGACCAUUAGAGAAAAGAGCAGGCAGAAGCUACUCCCCUGUAGGCAACAGAAGGCUGAUCUACUUUAUAGAUGACAUGAACAUGCCAGCUAUGGACAAUUAUGGCACAGUGCAGCCUCACACACUUAUACGCCAACAUCUGGAUUAUGGGCACUGUUAUGACAGACAGAAACUGACCCUGAAAGAAAUACAUAAUACCCAAUAUGUUGCCUGUAUGAAUCCAACUGCUGGGACUUUCAUUAUCAACCCCAGAUUACAGAGGCAUUUCUCUGUGUUUGCAGUGAACUUCCCUUCAUGUGAUGCUCAGAGGUCGAUCUUCAGUCAGAUCCUGUGUAGUCAUCUGAAGCAGCAGCUCUUCAGUCCCCUUGUUCAGAGUAGUGCUGCAGCUGUCAUUCAGGCAGCCAUAACUCUUCACCACAAGAUGGUUCAUAAUUUUCUGCCCACAGCCAUCAAGUUUCACUACACGUUUAAUCUUCGAGAUCUGUCAAAUGUCUUUCAGGGCAUCCUCUUCUCUGGACCUGAGAAUGUGAAAGACAGUGCUGACCUGGCACAGUUGUGGCUCCACGAGUCCUGCAGAGUAUACUCAGACAGACUGGUAGAUCUAAAGGACCUGCAGCUUUUUCAGAAGUUCCAGUUGGAGACUAUGCAAGAAUGUUUUGAGGGACUGGAGGAUAUAAAGGUGAAAAAGCAGCCCCUCCUUUAUUGCCACUUUGCCCAGAUGGGUGAGAAAGCCUCCUAUGCCCCUGUCACAGACUGGUCUGCACUCAGCACCAUCCUCAUGGAUGCCCUGGAAAGCUACAUUGAGAUUCAUCCAGCCAUGAACCUAGUGUUGUUUGAAGAUGCCAUGCAACAUGUCUGCCACAUCAGUCGUAUCUUGGAAACUCCAAGAGGUCAUGGCUUACUGGUCGGAGUCGGGGGCAGUGGGAAGCAAAGCCUGACUCGUCUGGCUGCCUACCUAUCCUCUGUGGAAGUCUUCCAAAUUAUUCUGAGUAAAGGUUACACAGUCCAGGACUUCAAGAUGGAUUUGGCCGGUUUGUUCCUGAAGGCUGGAGUGCAGAACAAGCGUGUGGUUUUGCUCCUGAGUGACGCACAAAUAUCCGAUGACCGGUUUCUGGUCAUUAUUAAUGACUUUCUGGCAUCAGGGGAAGUUCCUGAGGUUUUCAGUGAGGAGGAGAUUGAAAGUAUUGUGUCUGGGGUGAGAGCUGAUGUGCGAGGCCUUGGUCUUCUGGACAACAGGGAAAACUGUUGGAAAUUUUUCACAGAUCGAGUGGGACUACAGCUCAAGGUAGUCCUGUGUUUCUCUCCUGUGGGCAGUGUUCUGCAGGUUAGGGCUCGUCACUUUCCAGCCCUCAUCAACUCCACAAUCAUCGACUGGUUUUAUUCUUGGACCCCUGAAGCUCUGCAGUCAGUCAGCUACAGGUUCAUCCAAGAAGUUGAAGGCAUUGAGCCUGCCGUCCAGGAAUCCAUCAGUCUUUUCAUGGCCUAUGUUCACACUAGUGUCAACCAGGCAAGUGAAAAAUACCAGCGCAAUGAGAAGAGGUACAAUUACACCACCCCCAAGAGCUUUCUCCAGCAAAUCACCCUGUACAGAAACCUUCUGGAGAAAAGCCGGGCUCAGCUUCAGCACAAGAUGAACCGACUCGACAGCGGCCUUCAGAAACUCCAAACCACUGCUGCUCAGGUUGAAGAUCUAAAAGCUAAACUUGCAUCCCAAGAUGCUGAACUGACCCUUAAAAAUGAGAACAUCGAAGCUCUGAUUGCUAAGAUUGGACAGCAAACUGAGAGGGUGAGCAGCAAGAGAGAGGCUGCAGAUGUUGAAGCACAAAAGGUUGCUGUGAUCCAGGCAGAAAUUGCUGUCAAACAGAAGGAGUGUGAAAAUGACCUAUCCAAGGCAGAGCCGUUACUGGCAGCCGCCACAGCAGCACUGAACACCCUCAACAAGGUGAAUCUUACUGAGCUGAAGGCCUUUCCAACCCCCCCGGCAGCAGUAAUCAAUGUAGCAGCAGCUGUGAUGGUCCUGCUGGCCCCUCGUGGUCGAGUGCCUAAGGAUCGGAGCUGGAAGGCAGCACGGGCCUUCAUGGGCAAGGUGGAUGAUUUCCUGCAGGCCUUGAUGUCGUAUGAUAAGGAGCACAUCCCUGAGUCAUGCCUGACUGUGGUGAAACAAGAAUAUCUGAGAAACCCAGACUUUCACCCUGAUCUAGUUUGGACCAAAUCUACAGCUGCAGCUGGUCUUUGUGCCUGGACCAUUAAUAUUGUGAGAUAUUACGAGAUCUAUUGUGAGGUGAUUCCAAAAAGGCAUGCCUUGUCACAAGCUAAUGCAGAGCUAGAAACAGCAACAGCCAAACUGUUGGCACUUCAAAAGAAGUUGGCAGAUCUUGAUGCCAGCCUCCAGAACAUAACAGCUCAGUAUGAAAUGGCUACAGCUGAGAAAAUCAGUUGUCAGGAGGAGGUGAUGCGUACCACCCAGACCAUAGAGCUGGCCAACCGACUAGUCAAGGGCUUAAUGUCAGAGAAGGAGCGCUGGUCCCUGAAAAUUGUCCAGUUUGAAAAGCAAAAGAAAACCCUGUGUGGUGAUGUGCUCCUCACGUCAGCAUUUGUCUCCUACAUGGGUUACUUUACCAGCCAGUAUCGUGUGGAGCUUUUUAACAACAAGUGGAUUCCUUUCCUUAGAUCUCUGAAGGUCUCUGUACCCCUGACAGACGGCCUGGAUCCAGUCCUCAUGCUUACAGAUGAUGCCACCGUGGCUGCUUGGCAUAACCAGGGUCUGCCAAAUGAUAGGAUGUCUAUUGAGAACGCGGCCAUCCUGACCACCAGUGAGCGUUGGCCACUCAUCAUCGACCCACAGCAGCAGGGCAUCAAGUGGAUCAGAAAUCAGCUAGCGUCAGAGCUGAGGGUGGUGCAGCUUGGACAGAAAGGUUGUUUAGAUGUGAUUGAACAAGCUCUUGUCUUUGGGGAAACUGUCGUGAUAGAGAACCUGCCAGAAAAGGUAGACCCGGUUCUGGAGCCUCUACUAAGCAGGAAAACUAUUAAACAAGGAAGGUACAUUCUAAUUGGAGGCAAGGAGUGCACUUACAACAGUAAUUUUAAACUCAUUCUUCACACCAAGUUGGCCAAUCCACAUUUCCCUCCUGAGCUCCAGGCCCAGACCACCCUGAUCAACUUCACCGUGACUCCUAAGGGCCUGGAGGAGCAGCUGCUGGGACAGGUAGUCUCUCGGGAGAGACCUGAUUUGGAGGAACUAAAGACGAAGCUGACCACGCAGCAGAACCACUUCAAGAUUGAGCUGAGAAGGUUUGAAGAUGACCUGCUGAGUCGCCUCUCUGCAGCCCAUGGUAAUUUUCUAGGGGAUAUUUUUCUGGUGGAGCAACUUGAGAAUACCAAGACUACAGCCGCUCACAUUCAAUGCAAGGUGGCGGAGGCCAGAGAGAACGAGAGAAAGAUCAACGAGGCUCGAGAACUAUACCGCCCAGCAGCUGAGAGAGCAUCGCUCCUCUUCUUUAUCAUCGACAACCUCAGCAAGAUUAACCUGAUGUACCAGUUUUCUCUCAAGACCUUUAACUCGGUGUUUAAUAAAGCAAUGGAGCGUGCCGAAUGGGAUGAGGAUGUGAGGACCAGAGUCCGCUCCCUCACUGAGGCCAUCACCUAUUCUGUAUUCCUGUACACCAGCCAGGGCCUGUUUGAGAGAGACAAGUUAACCUUCUUGUCACACACUGCCUUCCAGAUUCAGCUCAAGGAGAAACUGAUUGAUAUUGAGGAAUUAGACUUCUUGCUGCGCUAUCCCGUGGAGGCAAGCAAAGUUAGUCCAGUGCCGUUCCUCUCUAUGUCUGCCUGGGGGGCCAUUAAGACAAUUUCUACAAUUGAGGGCUUCAGUGGACUUGACAGAGACAUAGAGAGCUCACCGAAUCGCUGGAGGAAGAUAGUUGAGUCCAGCUGUCCUGAAAAUGAAAGGCUUCCUCAAGACUGGAAGAAUACGAAUUCCCUCCAGAGGCUGAUUAUCCUGAGAGCUCUUCGCCCUGAUCGGAUGACCUACACACUAAGGAAAUUUGUAGAGGAAAGCAUGGGAGCUAAGUAUGUGGACAGUGCCAGGCUGGAAUUUGAGAGGCUGUUUGAAGACAGCGGUCCCUCAACACCUGUGUUCUUCAUCCUCUCACCUGGAGUGGAUCCACUCAGAGAUGUAGAGAAACUUGGUUUAAAACUGGGAUUUUCCAUUGACCAGGGAACUUUGCACAAUGUGUCCCUGGGACAGGGACAAGAGAUAAUGGCUGAGAGGGUUCUCAAAAAUGCCUCUAAACAUGGACACUGGGUCAUUUUGCAGAAUGUACACCUGGUGGCUAUGUGGCUGCCCUCUUUGGAUGCUCUUCUGGAGACAACAGCCGUGGACAGUAACCCCAGCUAUCGGGUUUUCAUCACCGGAGAACCCGCGCCAUGUCCUGAGCAGCAUGUAAUCCCCAGAGGCAUAUUGGAAAAUGCCAUCAAAAUCACCAACGAGCCACCCACUGGAAUGAAUGCCAGCUUGCACGCAGCCCUCGGCAACUUCAGCCAGGACACUCUGGAUAUGUGCUCCAGAGAACAAGAGUUCAACUCGAUGCUCUUCUCCCUCUGCUUUUUUCAUUCCUGUGUAACGGAGCGCCGUAAAUUUGGCCCACAAGGGUGGAAUAACAACUACCCCUUCAGCACGGGGGACCUAACAAUCUCAGCUAAUGUCUUGUACAACUACUUAGAGACCAACACAAAAGUGCCUUGGGAGGACUUGUGUUAUCUGUUUGGAGAGAUCAUGUAUGGAGGACACAUUACUGAUGUCUGGGAUAGAAGACUGUGUAAAACUUACCUGCAGGAAUUUAUGCAUCCUAAAAUGUUUGAAAUGGAUCUCUCUCUGUGUCCGGGGUUCCUGUCUCCUCCGUUCUUGGACUACACUGGUUACCACCACUAUAUUGACGAACAUCUCCCCUCCGAGAAUCCCACUUUGUACGGUCUCCAUCCAAAUGCUGAGCUUGAGUGCCUCACUGUCACCUCAGACAACCUCUUAAAGGCUCUGUUGGAACUGCAGCCACAGAACUCUUCCAGAGGAGAGGGAGCAGCUCAGAGCACAGAGGAGAAGGUCACGUCAAUAAUUGAAGACAUCCUUGACAAGCUUCCUGAGGAGUAUAACAUGGCAGAGAUUAUGGCAAAGACAACAGAGCGAAACCCGUACACCUUAGUUUGCUUUCAGGAGUGUGAGCGCAUGAAUCUUCUGUUAGUUGAGAUAAAGAAGUCCCUUCAUGAGCUGGAUCUUGGUCUGAAGGGCGAACUCACUUUCUCCUCCAGGAUGGAGAAUCUGCAGUCUGCACUGUUCAUGGAGCAGGUCCCAGACUCCUGGGCCAGACUGGCUUAUUCCUCCACUAAAACACUGGCACAGUGGUUGAAUGAUCUAAUGUGUAGCUGCCACGAGCUCGACAGCUGGACUCAAGAUUUUGUCCUACCUGCAGUUGUUUGGCUUUCGGGGCUCUUUAACCCUCAGUCCUUUCUUACCGCUGUGCUGCAGAGUAUUGCUCGCAAAAACAAGUGGCCCCUGGACAAGAUGACCCUGAGCGUGGAUGUAACAAAGAAAAUGAAGGACGACUUUGGGCAUCCUCCACGGGAAGGAGCCUACAUCCACGGACUCUUCAUGGAAGGAGCACGUUGGGACACUCAGGCUGGAGUCAUCUCUGAGGCGGUUUUGAGAGAACUGACGCCGGCCAUGCCUGUGCUGUAUGUUAGAGCUGUGCCCACAGAGGAGCGGGACAUCAGUAACACUUUUGAGUGUCCAGUGUACCGCACCAAGCAGCGUGGACACACUUAUGUGUGGACCCUCCGCCUCCGAACCAAACAGCCAGCUACCAAGUGGAUUGUAGCUGGAGUGGCUUUGUUGCUGUCUGUGUGA